AUGAACGCUGAAUGCACCAAUUUCUUCCAGUCUCUCUACUGCGGAGCAACCCCGGGCGUGCCAAAUCCUGCCUUCUGGGCUCAUAUCCCCCCCUCUUCACUCCCCCCCAGACUCCUCAACCAUCUGCAAACUCCCUUUUCCCUAAUGGAAAUUAGCAAGGCCUUAAACCAGCUCUCCCGUGGCAAGACCCGCUUCGCCCCCGCAUUUCUCUCACUCUUCUCCUCACCGCACAUCUCCGCUACCCUCCCGCCGUCAAUGCUAUCAGGCCGCACAGUCCUUAUUCCCAAGAGGGGUAGCUCCUCUAUGAUCGACAACCUCCGCCCUAUCACCCUCAUGAACUCGGACUACAAGGUGCUAGCCUUAUGCCUUGCCAAUCGGCUGCAACUCGCUCUUCCCCUGAUUAUCCACCCCUCCCAAACCGCUUUCAUUAAAAGCAGAAAAAUUGGCGAUACGAUCAACGAUACACUUGACAUUUUCGAUUGGAGCACAAUCACGAAAACCCCCCUACUCGCCUUAACGGUCGACUUCCGCAAGGCCUAUGACCUGGUCGAUCGAGCUUUCCUCUUCCAAGCGCUAGCCAGGGUGGGACUCCCCGAGCAGUUUAUCGCCUGGGUUCGCCUCAUGCACACUAACACCUCCACCUGCAUCUCCGUUAACAACCUUGCUGGACCCACCUUCCCAGUCCGAACCGGGGUCCGACAAGGAUGCCCCCUCGCCCCCCUCCUCUUUGUGUGUGUCAUUGAAAUCCUACAGCGCUACCUAUCGCUCUUCCUCCCGGGUUUCCCCCUCUCUCCGACCCAGCGCCGUCUCAUGGCCUGCUACGCUGACGACGUCACCAUCUUCCUCUCCUCUGUUAGAGAGCUUGGGACCACACUCAUACACCUCAGGACCUUCGCCGCAGUCUCAGGAGAACACCCUAACUGGAACAAAUGCUCAAUAAUCCCUUUUCAUAUCUCCCCGGAACAAAUCCUUCUGGCCGGCCCCAUUCCCAUUCGCACUCCUCAAGAGGCAGAACGCAUUCUUGGCAUCUACGUUGAACGUGCACAACCAGGCGCCACCACCUGGUCCACGACUCUCUCUCGCGUUCAGCGCACGGCUAAAUUCCUCGCCGCCCUUCGUGCCACAGCCACCUGCCGCAAGUCACUUGCGUUGGUCUUCUUAAACUCUAUCAUCUCCUUCCCCGGCCGCUUUCAAACCCCCUCCCCCGACGUUAUCAAACGAUUAGACGUCCUGGUCGGAAACUUUCUAUCCUCUUUGCGUUUCAAGGAGCACGGCCUAGCGGUCCGUCUCAUCCCUAAUCGGCUCCUGUAUAAUUCCACCCGCCACGGAGGCCUUGGAGCGACUGCCCCCUCCACCCAAAUCCGUGCUCUAGCUGCUCACCGCGCGCUCCGUCGCCUCGGCGCCUCACCAUCAGAAGAGAUAGCCAGAGCCGCCGUCUGCCUCCCAUUUGGCACACACUGUCUCUUCGCGCACCCUGCCAUCCUUCAAGCAGGCAUUCUGCCAACGAUAAUCCCAGGCCGAGCACUCGCUGAACUACACGCAUUAAUAGAGAUCACUCCGAACAUUGCCCCACCUCGCCUCGUCCCCAUGUGUAUAAUGGGCGAGCCCACCGCCUUCAAUCGUUUCAUUCUCAAACCAAACGGGAAGCCCUUCGGAAUCCUCACGCGUGAACACUUCCUCCUAUCUAAGCAGGUCCGUGUCGGCCAUUUGAUCUCUCUUAUCUUUCACUCGCUUGGUGUGGUCUCCUUCAAACACUUCACCUCACUGUUUCCCAUAGCCAACUCCUCCUCUGGAUGA